AUGGCGCGGGAUGAUGCGAUCGUGCCACAGCACGGCUCGGGAUUUCCGCUCCCGGACUACAUACCCAUCCGACGAAACGAGUUUCUGGUGAAGCGGCCCGCCAAGCCGUCGGCGGCGGAGUCGGUGCAGUGCGAAUGCCACAAGGGCGCGGGGGGACGCGCGCGGGAGAGCAUCACGGGCCGGGGGUGGAAGCGACUGGUGGUGGCGGAAGAGGAAGAGGAGGAUGAGGAUGAGGAGGAGGAGAGUGAUGAUGGGAGCUCGGAUGAUGGAGAAGAGGAGAGCGAGGAGGAGGAUGAGGAAGAAGAGGAGGAGGAUUCAGAAUCGGAGGAGGAGGAGGAGGGGGAGGAGGCGGAGGAUGAGGAGGACGGGGAGUGGCAGGGAGGCAAGAGGAAGCCUCGCACACCCGCACCGUCCCCCCUUAGCCCCCUGCAUAUUCCUGCUCACAUCCCGCACCCCCCCUGCGUGCAGACGGACAAGUGCGGGUGGGGCCUCAAGGCCAACGAGGACCUCCCUGCGGGCUGCUACGUGAUGGAGUAUGUGGGGCAAGGUGAGUAUGUGGGGCAAGGUGAGUAUGUGGGGCAAGGUGAGUAUGUGGGGCAAGUGAUAGAUGACGCCACGUGCGAGCAGCGCCUGUGGGACAUGAAGGCCGCUGGGGAAACCGAUUUCUACCUCUGCGAGCACAACUAUCCCCGUUUUUUCCAUGUCAUCUCGUCUUUCCCUGCCUUCUCGUCUCAUCCUGCUGACCCUCUCUCUGCGCCCUGCACCUUCUGCCCACGCCCUGCGCCCCCUGCCCUGCGCCCCCUGCCCUGCGCCCCCUGCCCUGCGCCCCCUGCCCUGCGCCCUGCCCUGUGCUGUGCUCUGUGUGCAAUGGGCGAGCAGGUGAGCAGUGACAUGAUCAUAGACGCGCGUUACAAGGGCAACCUCUCGCGCUUCAUCAACCACUCCUGCAACCCCAACUGCGAGCUGCAGAAGUGGUCAGUCACUCGCCCCUCCGCCAUGACUGCUCGCCCCAUGUGCACAUUUGCAUUGCAUCUGCUGAGACCAGCUGUGCCUUGUUGCCCUCCCACGCACAUGCUGGCGAGCAGGGUAGGUGAGGAGGGAAAUGUGGUGAGGGGAAUGGGGGUGCUCGUGCUCAUCCCACAUGUGCUCUUAACCGUUUCUCUGUCCCCUGUUGCUGUCGCCGCCGCCGCUGCUGUUCUCCUGGCACACAAACAGGCAGAUGGACGGGGAGGAUUCGAGUUACAGCCCAAGGAGUGCCACUGCGGGGAGCCCAACUGCCGCGGCCUCCUCGCCACCCGCACCAUCUCCCCCUUCACCCUCCCCCUCCCCUUCCCCGCACCCGCCCUCCCCGCGCUCCCCCUUCCGCCCGCCCUGCCCGCCACCCCUCCGCAUGCAGGGGGGACCUUUCCCCCUGGGGGUGCGCAAGGGAAGGGGAAGCGCGGAGGCAGAGGUGGAAAAGGGGAGGGAGGAAAGGGGGAAGGGAGGGGGAAGAAUGUGGUGGAUGUGUGCGGGGGAGUUGUAACAGGGGGCAGCGGGGCAGGCAGGGGCGGGGUGAGGGGAAGAGGAAGGGGAAGAGGGCAACAAGGAGCAGUGGGAGUGGGGAGAGGAAGUGGGAGAGGAAGAGGUCGAGGCAGGUGGGAAGUGGAAGGGAGGGAGUGUGGAGAGCGGGGUGGUGGCAAGAUGGGGAGAGGCAGGGGUGUUUCUGCAGGAGGUGCAGCAGUGCCGAAUUCCUUGCCAAAGAGGCGGCAUUUAUCGGAGCUGCAUGCCGACGGGCACACUCUGGUGGGCGCUGGUGGUGCGGUUGACAGAGACCGAGACAUGGCUGAAGCUUCUCGUGACAGGGCUAAGGGUAUGGCUCGAGAGAAGGAUGAAGAAGAGGAGGAGGAGGAGGAGGAGGAGGAGGAGGAGGAGGAGGAGGAGGAGGAGGAGGAGGAGGAGGGAGAGGAGGAGGAGGAAGUGGAGGAGGAGGAGGAAGAGGAAGAGGAGGAGGAGGAGGAGGAGGAGGAGGAGAGGAGGAGGAUGAAGAGGAGGAGGAUGAAGAGGAGGAAGAUGAGGAUGAAGAGGAAGCGGAGGAGGAAGUGGAGGAGGAAGAGGAGGAGGAAGAGGAGGAGGAAGAGGAGGAGGAAGAGGAGGAAGAUGAGCGGCAGUGUGGGGAAGAGCUAUCCGGGAAAGGGCCUCGUGGGAGCAGGCGCCUCAUUCCGGGGCCGGGGUGGGCCCCGGUGCCGCUGCUGCAGGGCGCCAGGCGCAGGCGCCAGGCUCGGGGGGGGAGAGGGGGCAUGCGCAGUGAUGCGCGCGGCAGCACUACUGGCGCUGCUGCUGGGGGCAGCACCGCUGCUGGGGUCACUGGUGGGGAGGGCGGCGAGGGGGAGGGCGGUGGCAGGAGGGCGCAGGAGGGCUCGUGUUGCGGGCGAGAGGGGUGUGGGAGAGGUGAAGCGAGAGUGGGAGGAGGUGAUGAGAGUGGGUGAGGAGGUGGCGAAAGGGGGUCUCAUUCGUUAUGGGAGGGAGUAUGAGAGACGGAGGAAGCGGACCCGGGGGGAGGGGUCUGAUACCGCAGGGGGGCGAGUGGGGGAAGGUUUGUGUGCAGCAUGCACGUGCAGAGGCGCGGAUGGUGCAGGGCAUGUGCACACAGGAGGCGUGCAUGCAGGAGGCGUGCAUGCAGGGGGGAGGAGUCCUGCAGUGAUAGCGCAUGAGCACAUGUGGCACAUGGGUGCGGAUCAACGGCCAGGAUUGCAGAGCAUGGCGGUGGAGGGAGCGGGGCAGACAGUGCCAAGGAGUGGAUGGCAGAAGCAGGCCCUCUCUCUGCUCCCACCCGCCCCUCAUGGCCCCUCGUCGCCAGAUGAUGCUUGUGGUGACAUGCACACUCAUGCCCGCACCACCCCCCCCAUCCCUGCAAAGGCCAAUAACCAUGGCCAUGCCCCUGCCCUUCACCAUGCCCACACUCAUGUCCACGCGCAUGCACAUCCGUGCGUGCACAUCCCCGCAGCAUGCGGCCUCGCCUACCCUGCAGCAUGCAUGCAUCAUCACACCCAUGCCCUCGCCCACACCCACGCUCAAGUCCCAUGUCACCUGCAUGCUGCUGCUGCUGCCAUGGCCCCUGACCUCUGCUGUCGCCACCAUGUGGGGGCAGUGCACAUGUGCGCACAUGGCAUGGCAUGCCCUGUAGCAGCAGCACAGGCGUGUGGCGUGGGAGUCGCGGCAGUGAGGGGUGUGACUCCAGAUGAUGUGCCUGAAAGGGGGUCUGCCACUGGCAAUGGCGUGCUGGCUGUGGGUGCACACGUGGACACUGCGGGUUGCACUGAUGUGACACGUCAGCAGGAGAGGGAAAGGGGCGGGGCAGGCUUGGGAGGAGAGGAGGUCAAGAGAGAGGGGAAGGAGGGAGGGUUUGAAAGUAGACAAGGAAAGGAGAGAGAGGGGGAAGGGUAG